AUGGCACCGUCCAAAACGCCCCAGCCGCCAUAUUCCAAGGAUGAGCGUGUCCUGUGCUUCCACAUGGAGAUGCUGUAUGAGGCCAAAAUCCUGGACGUGCAACCAACGGAAAGCGGCGAUGGCUGGAGCUACAAGAUUCAUUACAAGGGCUGGAAGAGCAGUUGGGACGACUGGGUGCCGCAGGACCGCAUUCGCAAGUUCAACGACGAAAACAAAGAUCUCGCCCAGCAGCUCCUCACCCAAUACAAGCAGCUGCAGUCCGGUAAGGCGGCCAAGCAGACCAAGGGGAAAGGAGGCCGGGGACCUGGUGGCUCAGACCUCAGCUCUGCCCGCGGUAGUGAGGAGCGGACUGCGGCAGGAGGGACGACGACACAGAACAACCGUAACCCGCGAAGGGCUCGCGAUUUUGACCUCGAAACUGUAAGUGGCUUCUUCCUCUUCUCUUCUCUUCUCUUGUCUCGUCUUUGCUUCAUCCCUCAUGUUUUCGUCUUCUUUUCUUCGCAUACUUUGGCAAUAUCAUCAUCUCCUUUGCAACACCUUCUUUUUCUUGCAAAUAUUCGACAUCUCCACCUCUCAUGA